ACUUAUCAAAGAUUAACCUUAAUAAUAUUUGUAAUUCAAUAAAUAUCUUUUAAAAAAAAUGAUGAUAUAAUAGAAAUAAAAAUUAUUAAGUUUAAAUUAAUUUUUAGAAUGGCCUUCUCUAUCAUCUGAAACUAAUCUUUGUAUUGAUGCUAAUGAUUUAAUUAUUGAUGACUAGGCUAUAUUUUGCUUAGGUUCUAAAUUAGAAAAAUGCACUAACCUCAAAACUUUCGAGCUUUGGCUUUAAGGAAAUUAAAUUAGUGCUUAAAAUGCUUCAGUAAUAGGUUUAGCUAUAUCAAAACUUACUGAUAUCUCUAAUAUGUCACUAUAUUUUGGUGUCAAUAAGCUGGGUAAUAAGGGGACAUCACACUUGAUAUCUAGAUUAUCUAACUGUAUUAAUCUAUCAACUUUGAAUCUUAUGCUAUCUGGUAAUAAAAUUGGUGCAUAGGGUGUUUAAGGCUUACAAGAUAGCUUAGAAAAAUGCAUUAAUCUUUAAAACUUAAUUAUUGAUCUGGGAGUAAAUUAAAUUGGAAAUGAGGGAACUUCUUACAUAGGUUCUGCCUUAACAAAAUGCAUUAGUCUUACAAAUCUAUCACUUUACCUAAAUGACACUAAAAUUAGUGCAAUUGGUGCAUCAGCAUUAUCUUAAGCUCUAGAAAAAUGCUUCAAACUUUCAAUAUUAAAUAUAGAUUUUAGAGCUAAUUAAAUUGAUGAUGAAGGUAUAUCAGAUAUAGGCUCUGCUUUGGCUAAGCGUACAAAUCUCUUAAAUUUAACAAUAAACUUUGGAUACAAUUUAAUUAGUGAUAAUGGUGUUUCUCGUUUUAGUUAAUUUUUAGAAAAGUGCAUAAAUAUUUCUAAAUUAACUCUUAGUUUACGUAAAAAUAAAAUCGGUGCAUUGGGUGCUUCAAACUUAGGUUUAGCUUUGGCUAAGCAGUCUAAUAUUUAUGAUUUUUCAAUCGAUUUAGGUUUUAAUUCUAUUGGUGACCAAGGAGUCUCAGGUUUAUGGUCUGGUUUAUCAAAAUGCAUUAAUAUCUCAACUUUAAAUGUUGACCUAACUCAUAAUGAAAUUUGUGAUGAGGGUCCAUAAGUCCUAAAUUCUUCUUUAGCAAAAUUAUCUAAUCUCAAAAAUUUGUAGAUUUAUCUUGGUGACAAUUAAAUUGGUGAUUAAAGUGUCUCAGGCUUAGGCUUUGCUUUAUAAAGCUGCCCUCAGCUUUAAAAGUUAGAUCUUGAGCUCUACUGUAAUGAAUUCGAAGAUAAAAGUGCUUUAGCUUUUGGAUUAGCUUUAUCUAAAUGUCCUUACCUUUAAAUCUUUACUGCUAAUUUAGGUAGUGGUUUAAAUCAGUAAACAAAAUUCAAGAUAAAGGCCAACAUUUUUAAAAUAAAGAAAUUGAUUUAAUAAAGAAUUUCAUUAUGAUUACUAACUUAAGCAUUACAGCUAAAUUCUCUAUUCAUAGAUUUGUAUAGGGGAUUCUCAUAUUUAGCUAUUUGAUUUUGCUUUUAUCAAAUAUUUUUUGAUUAGAAUCUAUCUUCAAAAAAUAAAUAAAUUUGCAAACAAAUUUUUUAAAUAAGAAGUAAACUUUAUGUUUUUAUAUUUAAUAUUAUUUAAACAGUUGUAAAUAUUGCUUAGAAGCCAAA